CCCAACCUACGCCAAAUAAAUACUCCAUAUAUAUAAAAAUUUACCUCAUUUUGUGUACAUAUCCAAGUCUUGAACAUAUAUACACACAACACAUUCUAGUUUCCUUAAAAGAAAACAAGUUUAAGGAUCUCUAUUUGAUUUUUGAACUAAAAAAGACUGAGGAUAUGCGAUUACUGUAUGUUUGUGUAGAGGAAGCACAAGAGAUUGGGAGACGAGUUGCAACCGGGGUGUGUCCAUAUUGUGAAGGCAAAGUGGAAGCAGUCGAUAUAGAGAGCAAAUGGAAGUUUUGUUGCCUGCCUAUUUCGUAUGUAAACAAGCGGAAGUACUUUUGUACCUUGUGUUCUCGACGUUUAGUCUUGUAUGAUUACUAUUAGCCUCUGUGUUGUACAAGAAACAACACGAGGCGUCAAAUUAGUUGAUUUUUUUUUUUUUUUUUUUUUUGAAAAAUUAGAUUUCAUAGUUGUAGAGUAUAUGAUAAUAUGUGGUUUAAUUGAGGAAAGAUUCUUUGUGCAUACAAGCACAUAAGUUA